AUGGUAAAUGCAAAAGAAUGGUUGAAUGAAAAAAUUCCAGUAAAUCAAAGAGCAAAAGCAAUAAGUCUUUACAUCUACAAACAAUGUCAAAGUGGUCAUACAGUCUAUCAAAAUAAUUGUAAUUAUUGUGCAAGUAAAAAUAACAUUUAUGCUGCUCCAAAUUUUCUAUUCUAUAAUACUACUUUGGAAGGAGAGUUAGACCUUAAAGAUUUUGUUAAUUUGCAGCAAUUAUAUAUAUGUGGUACUGGACAGGAUCAGAACCAGCAACAAAAGUUAACUAGAUUGUGGAUUGAUAAAUGCAAUAAGUUAAAUCGUCUACAAAUUAAGUUUAAUAACACUACUUUUUACGAUUUAUUUGUUAGAGAGAAAAUAUUUAAUUAUAAUUUGCUAAUAAGAGGAUUAAAACGUGCUCAUCUCGAUGAUUUAGAAUUAGAGAAAAAAAAACUUGAAGAAAAAAAAGUAGUAAAUCAAUUAGCAAAUAAGGUGAAUGAAGAUAAUCAAUUGUGGUUAGAAUUUUUACUAGAAACUCAACAAGAAGUUUUACAAAAUGACAACGCUUUUGCCCGAAAACAAUUAAAAAAAGUUGAAGAAAGAUUGUCUAAGGAGCUAACUGCGAAAGAAAUCCAAAAUUUAUUAGGCAAAAAAUUAGAAAAUUAUAAAUUAAUUAAAUAA